GAUGGAUUGAUAUAUUACUUAUGACAACACUCCAGCAUGUCUAGUAUCCUUGACCUGAUAUACGUUAUAAGAGUAACUUUUGGAAUGUCAUUUUCAAAACAAUUUAUUGAGAGCUGCGAUACACUAGUCCUACAAAGAAACAUGAUCGAGAUUCCAAGGCCAACAUGAACUUCAUUAUCUGAAGCGUCUAGGAUCUUACUUCGCAUCAAUUCGAAAUGUAGCUGUGGAUCCGAAUGAGGGCCUACUUGAAAUAUUCAAGCUCAACGCUGAUAAAUGGAGUUCUGAAAAUAAGGCAAGGUGCGAAUCUAAUUGGUGGGUCGGGCAGCUCUCUGAAUUUUUCGAUGAAAGUCCUUUGGCGAAAUGCAAGUACAACAUGAUCAGCGCUGUACAUUCGAUGUACCAUACAGGUGACCUUGAGAAGACCUUCAUCCGACUAAUGUCGAUGCUAAAAGAGAAUGGAAUCCUGCUAAUUGUCUUGUCAGGAAAGAAUAUGAUACACCAAACUCAUCGUCAAAAACAACGGUUGCCUGCUAGUUAUCGAUAUUCUGACAAACCAAAGUCUCUACAAAUUUCGGAGUUGGCCAAGAAAAAUGGAUUUGCGAUCACUUCAGUGGAGCUGGAUAUCAAAUGGGACGUCACCGAUUUAUUCGAUGAGAAGUCGGAGCUCGGGGACAAACUGUCUGACUUUCUGACGAUGGUAGCUUACUUUCGGAAAACGGCACCACCUGAAAUGAAAGAGGAUUUGUUGUCUUUUUGGCGGUCUUUAUGCUCAGAGGGCGAGGACGGGCGCAUGCGUACACAGGCAGGAGAGAAGAUUUUUAUCUUUACAAAGUAGAAUAUAAAGGGGAUAACAUUGACUUAGCAUGGAUCUAAGAAGCUAUACGAGUAUAUUCCUCAAAUAUAUGAUACGUUAAUUUGGGGUUGAGGUUAUAUACGUCAAAAUUCAUUUAUCUAUGGGUGUAAAAUAAUAUAAGGUUUGAACAUUUCUUGGCAUUCAUAUUAGUUUUAUUUGGGGGAUUCGUUUUUAGUUUAAUAUAGUUAAUGACUUAUUCUGUGUAUGUAUUAGUUAAAUUGCUUAUUUUGGUUUGAAUAAGUUGGAUAUUUAAUUUAGUGGAAGUAGUCGUAUUUUUAAUAGUAGAUGGAGGAAAAAGGCGUGGAGAAGAAAUUUGCGUGUUAUAGAAGUAUAAGAAGAAGUUAAGUAGUAACAGAUGUAGUAGUAAUAUUAUUAUUUUUAGAUGUAGUAGUAAUAGUAGUAGUAGGUCCGUUCACUCAAUAGCUAAGUAAUGCCAUCGAUGAUUAA